CACAAAACCCUAGUGAUCACUUUGAUUCACCACCACCUUCCCUCUAUAUAUACAGGUCCAUUCACCUCCAAUCUUCAUCACCAAGUCACAAGCAUACAUCAGCUACGAGCCACAAAACAACUUGAAAAGUUUCUGUAGUUGACUUGCGAAACUCGUCGUCUUUCUUGAUCCUGUCUUUCUUCGUCUUCGUCUUCGUCGUUGUCGUCAUCUUCUUGUUUGGUACAUAAGUCGAUGGACAGGGUAGCGAAGUUGGCGUCGCAGAAGGCGGUGGUGAUAUUCAGCAAGAGCACAUGCUGCAUGUGCCAUGCAGUGAAGAGCCUGUUCUACGAGCUCGGUGUGAGCCCGGCCAUCUACGAGCUCGACGAGGACUCGAGAGGGAAGGAGAUGGAGCGGGCCCUGGCUCGGCUCGGCUGCAGCCCUGCCGUCCCCGCCAUCUUCAUCGGGGGGAAGUUCGUCGGGUCGGCCAACACCGUCAUGACCUACCACCUCAGCGGCUCGCUCAAGAGAAUGCUCAAGGACGCCGGCGCAUUGUGGCUCUAGCCAUAUGAGAUGAACGAAGUUACAAGAGGUUUCAAUGAGUCUUUUUAAGUCUUUUUUCCUCUUGGUUACCUCGGCUUUUGAAGUACAUUUAACUGUACUACGAAGAAAAUACAUGAAGGAAGAGUUAUGGCUAUUAAGUAAUUGCCUUUUAGCAACUUUUUUUGUACAAUUGCGACUGAAAACAACAGUAGCAUGUGCUUUUUUUUUUAUCAA